UGCACCGGCUGCCUUUUUUCUGGGGGGUGGGGCAAAAGGUAUAGUUACAAAUUGCUAAUUUGUUUUGGGGUUUAUAUGCAAAAGGUAUAGUGAUGGUUUUCUUACUAUCAGAAAUCAGCACUAUUUUUCUUCCAAGGGGAAAUUAAUUAACUUUCAUAGAUUACUCUUGUGGUUCGUUUUAAUGGUUUAGAUGAGGUACAAGUAGUUUUAGCUAUCAAUGAACGGUGGAAAUCUCCAAGUCAAUUAUUCUUGACCACAUGUAAAAUGAAUAUGAGUUUCUCGACGGGUCAGAAUUUUUAAACUUCAUUGUUCUUGAAACUUCGGAGAUUGUUGUAGUAUGUUUUGGAAAAACAGCUUUUAAGUUCUGACUUGACCUGCUAAAAGAAAUAAGUCAUAUUCUAUCAUUUAACUUCUUAAACAUACCCGGUUGAUACUAAAUAUUAGUAUAUGGUUUGACAGAAUUUGGUGGUUAGUGUAACUAAUGGAUGUAUAUUCUGGCAAAAGAGCUAAAAAUGGGCUUGUCGUUCCUAGAAGAGGUUUAAGGGAUACUGCUGAUAACAGGGAUGAAAAUGUUCAGCUGUGCUCGCGAAUUGGAUGCAGUGGCCGGCUCAACCAUUCGAAGAGCAGCUGUGUUGGAACUAAAGAGAAACCCAGAUCAUUUAGGCCUACUUUAAUUAAUUCUUCAAAUGGGAAGGAUGUGGUUGGGAGUUCAUCAGGGACAUCUUCAGUGCUGAAUAAUGUAAGAAAGGCACGCGAGGCAUCUCACAUUAAGUCUUCCUCUCAAGUUGUAAAUAAUCAAUCAGAAAUUAGUUCUUCGGAUGGUGGAUCAAGCAAAGCUAGAUCAACGGAAGCAGGCUACUCUAGUGGAACAUCCAGCAGUAGACCUCAUAAAAUAGUUAGUCACAAGUCUAAAGCCAUUGGUUCUGAAAAACAGUCCUGUAGCAGUGGGGCUGGGUUUGGGUUGAGAAAUCUAAAAUGUAAUUCCACAUCGGAUGUCCUUUCACAUAAUUGUUCAACGUCACAAUCAAGAUUUAAUAGAAGGGACAUGGUAAAAAGGAGAUACACAGAAGGUGAAAGCAGUUCAUCUGGUAAAGGGAAGAAAAACACCGAGGCAUCACUAAGGGAAAGACGUGUCACUCGUCCAACUCAUGGAAUCUCCAUCUCUGAGUCAAGAAGUGGCAGAAAUUUGGAUUAUAGUGUGAAUAAUUCUGCUGUUUCAGUUCAGACCCCAAGGUCAAUGAAUGUGAAUUCUAGAUUUAGGGGUCCUGUACAGGAUUCAUUGCAAACUUUACAUCGGCCUGAAACACCAGAUCUCAAUCUGCAGUCGUCAAGUCAAUUGUUCACAGAUGGCUCUUCAAGUGAUUCUAGUGCUUAUAGUUUUCCUGGUAAUGAUAUUGAUGAUUUACCCAGUUUAGUGCCCUUCACUUCUGCGGAACUAGGCAUUAACCGAUUAAUGAACCGCGAAGCCUUACAGCGAUAUAACAUGAAUGGAGUUGCUGAGGUAUUAUUGGCACUUGAGAGAAUUGAACAAGAUGAAGAGUUAACAUAUGAGCUGCUUUCAUUGGAGACGAACUUGUUGCUUAGCGGCCUUAACUUCUAUGACCAGCAUAGGGACAUGAGAUUGGAUAUAGAUAGCAUGUCCUAUGAGGAAUUACUAGCUCUAGAGGAGAGGAUGGGAACUGUUAGCACAGCUCUGCCAGAGGAGGCAUUAUCAAAGUGCCUUCAAAGAAGCAUUUAUCAAGGCAUGCAUUCGGAAAUAGGGACAUUCGGAGGUGAUGAGGAUGAAGAUGAGAUCAAAUGCAGUAUUUGUCAGGAGGAGUAUGUGGUUGGAGAUGAAAUUGGCAAGUUACAGUGCAAGCAUGGUUAUCAUAUGGAAUGUGUACAACAAUGGUUAAAGCUCAAGAAUUGGUGCCCAAUCUGCAAAGCAUCAGCAGCACCAUCUUAGUUCAGAACAAUUUAGACACCAUCUUCGACGAAAAAAAUAAAAAUAAACUUAAGACACCAAAAUUCCAGAAGUGGGGAAGCUGAAUGGCUUUCUUGCUGUACAAUUUCAUCUGGAUAGGUGGUUCUAGCAUUUUAUUUUCUCCCUUCGCUUGUUCUUGUACAUUUUGUGGUUCACUUUUCAUUUUUCCACUUGUAAAUAUUUGACAUUUUAAGCAAUAAGCUCAGGUUCUUCUAAGAAUGAA